UAAAAUAACUAUAUUUUUUAAUGCGUCUUUUGUGAACACGUUUUUGGUUUUGUUUUUACACUUGGUGUAGUGUUUCCAGUUUGAGGUUGUUACAAGAUCAACUGACUUCAUUACCCUCUGUUCAAUUUAAGACCAAUGUACGGGUGAAAUGACAACAUGAAUUGUCUAAGACAUUGCCCCAAUAAGAGCCAUCCUCUGUGGGGUCUAAAGAUAAAACCUUCCCCUAGUCAAUGGCAUAAAAUUCCAAAACGUGGUCUUAUCCAGGGUUCAGAGAAAGGACAUGUAUUUCAAAGUCCGAUUAUUAGGAUGACUCCAAAAAUGAUAGGAACUGCCAGGUUCACCAAAAAAAUAGGUUGGAGAGAUGAAGCCCCUGUUUUUAUGACGCGCAGUGAGUACCUUGGUAUGAUGACUGUCAUGAGAGUUAAAUUCAACAUGGUUGCUUUGGUUUUCUUUCUCUGCCUUGUUUUCUCAAUCAUCCAUAAAGGGAGAGAACUGAAGAAAAAAGGACACAACUUAGAUGACUGCAGUGAGGAAAAAGUGGUCAUGUUGAGACUGAAAUAUCUUUUGGAAUUGAAAGAAGAGAGAGAUAAAUUUGACCUGGCUGCAAAAGCCAAUAAAUCUUAAAAAAAAAAUAGUACAUGCUAUUGCAGUGUGAAUAUAUAAUUUUAUUAUUGUUACAUACAAUUCAACUGGAGCAGCCCUUUAAUUUAUUUUUUUAAUCAAAGGAAUGCUUGAUUGAACUCAUAAUUGAAAAUUUUAGAAUAAAGAGAUUUAUGAUUUACACAAAAUAUUGCUUUAUCUGUUUUGUAAAUUGUUUAAGGAACCAGCAUAUACAUUUGUAAAAUUGAAUAAAAUGCGUAAUGAU